AUGGGCACUUGCUGUUGUAAAGAAGAAGAAAUUGACUUCGAUUCUGAAGUUGAGCUAUCUCAUUUUCAUUUACUAAGAUCCGUAGGAAAAGGUGCUUUCGGCAAGGUUCGUGUUGUUCAACACAAACACUCAAAAAUUUUAUACGCGCUUAAAUACAUUAAUAAAGCAAAAUGUAUAAAAAUGCGCGCUGUGGAAAAUAUUAUACAAGAGCGUCGUUUGUUGGAAGAAAUUGAUUAUCCACUAGUGUGUAAUUUACGAUAUGCAUUCCAGGAUGAUGAGAAUUUAUUCAUGGUUCUUGAUUUGAUGUUGGGGGGUGAUUUAAGAUUCCAUCUUGAAAGACAGGGAAAUAUGAAGGAGGAGGUUGUAAAAUUUUACAUUGCCGAAGUCAGUUUGGGUUUACACUAUUUACAUUUAAGGAAAAUUGUUCAUAGGGAUUUAAAACCUGAUAAUGUUCUUUUGGAUGAGAAAGGUCAUGCUCAUUUAACUGAUUUUAAUAUUGCAGUACAUUUCAAUGAAAGAAAACCCCUUAUGUCUGUGGCCGGAUCAAUGGCUUAUAUGGGAUAUUUUGAUUCUGUGGAUUGGUGGUCAUUAGGGGUUGUAAUGUAUGAAUUACUUUUCAGUAAGCGACCUUUUCGUGGAAAGACUAAUCAUCAAUUAACGCAGGCAAUUUUACAUGAACCUCUUACAUUUCCAGAGAACGCUAAUGGUUCAGUUUCUGAAGAAUGUCUAGAUUGUAUAAGAAGAUUUUGUGAACGAGAUAUAAAAAAACGUCUAGGGUGUGGCCCCAAUGGAUUAGAAGAUAUUAAAAAACAUCCUUGGUUUAAAGAUAUUGAAUGGGGAAAACUUGAUACAAAAGAAGCUAAGCCUCCGUUCGUUCCUGAUUCUAAGCGGGCAAAUUUUGAUGCUACACACGAACUGGAGGAACUUUUACUGGAAGAUAAUCCCCUUAAAGCUAAAAAACGAGCAAACCCUAACCAAGAUCUUAGUGAAUUAUCAAAAGAAAUGCGAAUGAUGGAAGAAAAAUUCCUUGUGUAUGAUUUUUCUAAAAUGCGUAGGAGAAGUUAUAAUAACCAUAAUCUUAAUAAUGGUAUGCAAGAAAAAAGAUCUAGUCAGAUUAUCAGAAGAAAAAGUGGCAGUAGAAGCAGCAGUAGCUCUACAACGGUUGAACGAUUAAAUACUGAUUCGUCAACAAUUAUGAACUUUAAUAUAGAUACUAAUGCAGCCCUUUUGCCAAUUCGUCCACCAUCUUCAGCAAAAUCACACGGGCUUCAAGGAUCAGAUUUAAGUGGUUAUGUUGAUGAACAGAAAGAAAAAAAUAGAGGGGACUGGUUAAAUGAAAGGCCGUCGUCACCUCAAAAUCGCGAUAGUAGACGAACGUCUGGAUUUGGAUUAGGGACAAUGCCAUCCAGUGGAAAAACAAGUCUAAUAAUGACAUCAAAUGAAUCGGACUUUUCAACGAAACCUUACCCGGUGGGUAGGGUUUCACCUUCUUCUUCUAUAAUAAUAGAUAUUAAUAAACAAAAUCUUCCAGGUUUUUCCUCAACUACACCGGCAAAUUCAUCCUCUUUAUCGCCGCCGCCACGUGUUCAGCCUCCUGUGCAAACGAAAUACAAUUCCACUUCCCCAUCAUCAUCACGACCUAGUUCUCCAAAUCUACAUCCUGCUCGAUCCCCUUCACCACAAUUAGUAUCGUCUAAUACGAGUUCUUUAAUCGUCUCACCUCCGGAACUGGAACUUAUUUCAAGCCAAAAUGUUACGCCUCUACCUUCAAAAAUUCCACUUUCCCAACCACCAAGUACAUUUUCGACAAUAAAGUCAACCUCAACGUUAAUGAAUCCUAUUAAUCCUAGUUCAUCACUAAGCACCGAUUCUUAUAAUCAAUCGGCUUCAUCUAUUAGGGUUCGUUCAUUGUCUCCCCCCUCAACUAAUAAAAGGCCCACGAUACCAAUGGAACCAUCACCAACUAGUAACAGCCGUGUGUGGAGUUCUAGUGAAUUAGGUGAAGGCAAUCACACUGCCUCGACGAGCAGAAAUUCUGCGGGCAGUGGCUUCUCGUCGGAAAACAGUAAUGAUGGUGGUGUCGGUGGUGGACUAAGUGCUAGAGGACAUUUUCGAAAUGCCAGUGAUGUCAGUACUGGUUCCGGUGCAUUAAGCGCUGUAGGUGUACCAGCGGGUUUAUGA